AUGACUGAGGAUAACCACUCCUUGACAACUGAGUUUAUCCUCACAGGAUUCACAGAUCACCCAGAGCUGAAGACCCUCCUGUUUGUAGUGUUCUUUGCCAUCUAUCUGAUCACCAUGGUGGGGAAUCUUGGCUUGGUGGCACUGAUUUUUAUGGAGCGCCGUCUUCACACGCCAAUGUACGUCUUUCUGGGCAACCUGGCUCUGAUGGAUUCCUGCUGUGCCUGUGCCAUUACCCCCAAGAUGUUAGAGAACUUCUUUUCUGAGGACACAAUGAUUUCCCUCUAUGAAUGCAUGGCACAAUUUUAUUUUCUCUGCCUUGCUGAGACUGCGGACUGCUUUCUCCUGGCGGCAAUGGCCUAUGACCGCUAUGUGGCCAUCUGCAGCCCACUGCAGUACCACACCAUGAUGUCGAAGAAACUCUGCAUUCGGAUGACCACAGGGGCCUACAUCGCUGGACACCUGCAUUCCAUGAUCCAUGUAGGGCUUCUGUUUAGGCUAACUUUCUGUGGGUCUCAUCAAAUCACCCACUUUUUUUGUGAUGUUCUUCCAUUAUACAGACUCUCCUGUGCUGACCCUUACAUCAAUGAAUUGAUGAUAUUUAUCUUUUCAGGGUCAGUUCAAAUCUUUUCUAUUACCAUAGUCCUGAUCUCUUAUCUCUACAUCCUUUUCACCAUUUUCAAAAUGAAAUCCCGAGAGGGAAGAGGCAAAGCCUUAUCUACGUGUGCAUCCCACUUUCUCUCUGUCUCAAUAUUCUAUGGUUCUCUUCUCUUCGUGUACAUUCGACCAAGUUCAUUUAAAGAAGGGCAUAAAGAUAUACCCGUUGCUGUUUUUUAUACAAUGGUAAUUCCUUUAUUAAAUCCUUUUAUUUAUAGUCUAAGAAAUAAGGAAGUAAUAAAUGUUAUGAGAAAAACUAUGAAGAAAAUUUCAAAAUUCUGA